GAAUUGGCGCUAUUUAUCAGUGUAUCAGACAUUCAAAUGUGCUUUUUAAUGAAUGCAGCAUCAUUUCGAAUGGGUCCAGUGAAGCGUGAGAACUCAUCAUUGCGAAAUUACAAAAUAUUACCACCAUGAUUUAACACUUUCACCAGGGAGGAUUUUGGAUCUAUUAUUUUCAAAUAUCUUUGGAACUCUUCUAUUGGAAAUUUGUCCUGUUUUGUAGUCCCCCGCGCAGUUUGUGUCGGUCAUGCGUCACGCAACGUCCCCAUCCUGUUUGGUUGUCUGCGCACGUAGAGGGUGAUUCUGCUGUAGAAUAGGACCCCUGCUGUACCAUGCAGCGCAAGGAUAGCGACGGCAAACAUGUCUGUUGAUAAGGGCAAGAAAAGCUCGAUCGAUAGAGGAUUAAGGAAUACAGUACUGGAUGGCAGGGUUCUCCCACCGAAAAUCACUGCAGAGUUCCUAAAACACUUCCCGUCAUUGCCCGUCACUAAAGGAGACCUUCUCGUCUGUGCUUAUCCCAAGUCAGGUACCACGUGGGUAGAGGAGAUUGUCUGGCAACUUCACCACGACGGAAAGCUGGACGAUCGACCAACUUUUGUUAGAAUUCCUUUUCUAGAAAUUCAGCCGUCAGCUGGUGUUGGCCCAGAGAUUGAAAAAGUCGAUAAACUUGUGCAGGAGCACAAGCCACGGAUAUUCAAAUCGCACUUUGGUUAUGAUAUUAUACCUAAAGGCAAUGCUGGCGAUGACAGGCCGAAGUAUGUAUGCGUUAUGCGAAAUCCUAAAGAUGUGGCGGUCUCCCUGUUUCAUUUCUACCGAGGCAUUCAUCACAUUCUCUACGAAGGGACUUGGGACGAGUUCUUCGAGCUGUUUAUUAAAGGAGAUGUUCUUUAUGGCUCGUGGUUUGAUCACGUGCUCAGCUGGUGGGAACAUCGUGACGACCCGAAUGUUCUCCUCCUCAAAUACGAAGACAUGGUCAAGGACCGACUAGGAGCAAUCAAGCAAAUCGCCUCUUUCGUGGAUAAGAAUAUAAGCCCUGAUCUGGUGCAACUUGUCGCAGAUCAGACAUCAUUUGACGCUAUGAAAGAUAUGCCAAUGUUUUCAUUGAAGGGAUUUUACAAGGAGACGGAGAAGUUCAUGCGCAAGGGAAAAGUUGGCGACUGGGUGAGCUACUUCUCGAGAGAGCAGAGCGAGCGACUGGAUGCCAUUUACAAUGAAAGAAUCCGAGAAACUGGGCUCGAGUUUGACUUUCAGUGAUUUAUAUUCUUCUACUAUUUACAUCAAUGCUUUGUAUAGACACUAUACUUUGUUUUCACUCAUGCUAACAGCUUUUCUGUUUUUUUUCUCCCUUCUUCACUUCACGCUUUGAUUCGACAAACGACUUAUCAAAAUGUGUAGCGAGUAACGCCAAACAGUAAAACCAAAAAAGCCGAAACAUUCGAUAUUCCAUCGAAAUAUAUUAUAUGUUCUGUUACAAUCCAUGAUUAAUAAAAGUGAUCAAUUAAAAUUACCGCACAAUUAGAA